AUGGUUGGCAUCCCGCGCAGCAGCAGCUGUCGCGAGUGUCUCCAGCGUCGCGUCAAAUGUGAUCGCACCCACCCAGAAUGCGUCCGCUGUCAAACACGCGGGGUCCGCUGCCCGGGCUACCGCAGGGUCCUGAAGUUCUACAACCGAACCCCCAGUACGAGCGACUUCAUCGACGCGCGAGCAUUUGUAAACCCCGAUAAAGCAGAGCCGUCCUCCAGUUCGUCCUCGUCCUCUACCUCCCUGGUCCGAGCCCGCUCCCGCGCAAGCAUACCAAUCGACUCAUCGCUCGCGCCCAAUCUCACCCGCAAAGCGCUCGACCUACAAGCCAAAGAAGUCUUCGAAUACGUGAUCAUGACUACCUUCCCGCUAACCUUCACCCACUUCGCACCCCGCCUCGACCCAAACUGGCUCGAGUUCAUCCGCCACCACCAGCUCGCGCAAACUGAGCCGGUCGAGUGCGCAAUGCGCGUGCUGAACCUGUGGUACCUAGGCGUGAAACACGGGGACCCGUCCAUAAUCGACCACAGCCGCUACGCAUACGGCGGCGCACUGCGCUCUCUGGCGCGCUUAGUUGCGAACCAGAAAACGAGGACAGCGGAUGUUACGCUAGCAACAGCAGUUAUGCUCGGCGUGUUCGAGAUGCUGGAUCCGCUGACACCACACUCGUGGCUCGUUCAUAGUGGGGGCAUUGGCGGAUUGGUGAAGCUGCGGGGUGCGAGGGCCCAUGCAGCUGGGUUUGCGAGGACGAUGUUGGUGACUAUCCGGUCGUUUUUGCUGGCCGAUGCGUUUGUGCGUCGACAGCCCUCGUUCCUUGGUGGAGAUGACUGGCGCGAGGCGAAUGAGGAGGCGAGUGCACUUGAGUUUCGGGCUGGGAAGGGGAGUUGGAUUGGACGGGUUCUGGAUUUGGUGUUUAAUGAGAUAAGCCUGGGGCCGGGGUUUUGGGCAGAUGCCACGGCUAUCAUUGAGGGCAAAAAAGGCGCCGGUGAUGUGUCGAGAGAGGAGCUUGUUGAGCGGAUCCAGAGGAGCCGCGAGAUUCAGCGAAACCUACAGCACCAGCUUGCGUCGGCGUCUGGGGAGCACGAGGCGAGUGAGAUGGAGGAGAAGAAGAGUGACCCCGGUGGACGACGGGAGGUUGCGCACGUGCGGGCUGUCGUCAGCCGGUGUCUUCAAGGGUUGAGUGCUGGUGUCGCGCUGCUUGACCAGCUUGUCGUGUUGCUGGAGGCAGAUAAGAAGCGCAUUGGCGUUGCCGGUCGCAGCGAAGACGGAGGUGCUUGGGGCCGCAUUCCGGUACCAAACGCCACAAUCGAAGGCCCAUUCGCAGGAGACGAUCGGCCGCUGGACUGGCUGGAUCGUAUUUCGAUGUCGAUGGGGACGCUUGCGAUUUCGAACAAGCAAACAGGUGAAUGUCAAUAG